UUUGAAGUGGAUGAGAUGUUCUGGCGCCAGUGAGGAGUUCCCCUGACUGGCUAAUAGGUAGAUUUCGCUUCGGGUAUCUUGGAUGCAACCGGGAUAGAACACUAAAUUGGAAUUAAGGAGUUCUUAAAUUCUCUUUUGGUUCACAAUAUAUUCAUUCUUGUGCAGAUUUUUCUACAGCACUUGUGCUUACCUAUUCUGGCGAAGAAAUGUUGACCGUGUACUGUGUACCUUUUAUACAUUCAUAUUAUUUAAUUUUUUUUUUUUAAAGUAAGUAUAUAUACAUUCAAGUAAGUAUAUAUACAUUUUUAAUUUUUUUUUUCGUAUACACAACUAGUUACUCACUCUACUUGUAGUAGAGUGCAUAUAUAGGUAGUAGUGCAUAUAUACAGUGAAACUAUAUGUACAGUAGUAGUAGUAAUAGUACAGUAGUAGUACGAGUAGUAUAUACAGUGAAGUAGUAGGAGUGCAUAUAUACAGUAGGAGUGCAUAUAUACAGUGAAACUAUAUGCCAGAAGUUUGUAUAAUGAAGCAUUUCGCUAGUUGAAAGAGAAGGAAUAACCAGUAAAAUUAAAUGUAUAUAAUAUACAUUAGUUUUAAUAAGAAUAAUAUUCUGUAAUUAUGAAUACUUGGUCAUGAAAUGCUUUUACUCAGUACAGUAAAAUUUGAUAUAACAGGUUUAAAUAAUUUAGAGAAGAAUCAAGAGGAAUGACAAUUCAUGUUUCAACGAUGAGUACGUAACAAAUAUUGCGAGGCUACGAUUCUAUUCGGAUUCAAAACUCGGGAUCUGAUUGGCCAGACAUAAUAAGUACAGAGUUGAUAAAAAUGUCUGUCCAGGACCGUCGCCAGUCAUUAUUUCGUAUACCCCACAAAUAAUAUCGUCAUGUCUGGUCGUGGAAAAGGUGGCAAAGUAAAGGGGAAGAGCAAGACUCGGUCCAGUCGUGCUGGUCUUCAGUUUCCUGUAGGUCGUAUCCAUCGUCUUCUGCGAAAGGGAAAUUAUGCAGAAAGAGUUGGUGCUGGAGCUCCAGUGUAUCUUGCUGCAGUUUUAGAAUAUUUGGCAGCUGAGGUUCUUGAGUUGGCCGGUAAUGCUGCUAGAGAUAACAAGAAGACCAGAAUAAUUCCAAGACAUCUGCAGCUGGCCAUCAGAAACGACGAGGAGUUGAAUAAAUUACUCUCUGGCGUCACAAUUGCACAAGGUGGAGUUCUACCCAAUAUCCAGGCUGUUCUACUUCCCAAAAAAACCGAAAAGAAAGCAUAAUUCCUACUUCCCCUAACGCUUCAAAAAAAAAAAGGCCCUUUUAAGGGCCAGAAAAUGUACGAAGAAGAGAAUGCUUAAUUGCUUAUACUGAAAAUUGCAGCAUACGUUGGUAAAUCUUUUCCAUACAUAUAUUUCAUUCAAAAUUCGCACAAAGAUGUGCUCCCAGGACACAUUCGUAUAUAUUUUCAUGUACAUUAUAAAACAUUAACUCAUGGGACUCGGAAAGAAACGGCUAA